AUGUUUGCUACCCAGCAGCAUACCGACAUGAUGGAAACUGGCCGGAAGAGGCACCGUGACGAGGCUGAUUUGGCCAAUGGGCCUGCUGGGUUUUCUGAACACCGCGCUAAACGUGUUCAAUGCCUUCCUGUUCGCACCUCACCAAUGUCAGUGACGAUGCAGCAGAACAUGUCUUCUCCCACAAUGAUGGCUUCAAGCAUGGGUGAGACAGACUUUGCUACAGCUUCCGACUAUACAAUUUGGCAAAAUUCAAGUUCACACGACCAGCAAAUGGCCACGAUGGAAUCUGUCGAGAUGCAGUCCGCAAUACCAAGCUAUCUGCAGCCCGACGCCGUAACUGGCCGUAUACCUACGCCGAUUCAACCUAGCUUUGUCGGCCAGCUUCGAGGCCAACAGUGGGCCAAUUCAUCCGCUGCCGCUGGACGCCGAGGCAUCGCCAACAUGGGCCACCACCAAGUCGGACUUGCGGAUCAACCCUGCGCACAAUGCGACGCACCGCAGGACCGAAAUUGGCAGAUGCAGAAUGAUAGAAGGCUGCCUUCUCCAAUAUCGGAAUCAGAAGAUUGCAUGGCGCAUUCUCCCGGACACUUGACCGCGCUCCAGGCAAUGGAACACCCAAAUGCCAUGAUGGACGUCGAGAUCCAGCGACCGACCGCGUCCGACGACGGAGAGGGUGAUCCGGACUCGCCAACCUCUCACCGAAAGGGUCAUACUCGGAGCCGACACACUGUGAAUACAUGGACAUGGCAGCCAGGCAUGAAGCGCAGCUUCAGUAUAGGGUACAGGUCCGACUGCGACAAAUGCCGAGACAAGGUGCCUGGUCACUUUAAUCACAUCAUAAUCUCCUAG